UGGAACUCUAGGUAUCCUAGGUAACCAAAAGAUUCAGAUGGUGAGAGACGCUUCCGACGGUGGGGAGAGCUCCCAACGGAGGGUGGAGCUCCUCAGGUCGGGAUUGGCCAAAGCCUGAGCGCAGGAGCGCGGAGGAGGGCGCGCCAGCCCGCACUGCGCAGCCGCGGGGAGGCCCCGCCCACCCGGCUCCUCCCACCCCGGCCCCACAGCUGGCCGGAGUGCGCGGACGGUGGGUGGAAGAGGAUGAGCGCCGCAGCGCGCAGCGGUCGCCGCCGGGCGCGAGUGUCCCGCCUAGUGUCCUUCAGCGCGAGCCACCGGCUGUACAGCAAAUCUCUGAGUAAUGAAGAAAACUUGAAACUGUUUGGGAAAUGCAGCAAUCCAAAUGGCCAUGGGCACAAUUAUAAAGUUGUGGUGACACUAUAUGGAGAGAUUGAUCCUGUUACAGGAAUGGUUAUGAAUCUGACUGACCUCAAAAAACAUUUGGAGGAGGCAAUUAUGAAGCCCUUGGAUCAUAAGAAUCUGGAUCUGGAUGUGCCAUACUUUGCAGAUGUUGUAAGCACAACAGAAAAUGUAGCUGUAUAUAUAUGGGAAAACCUUCAGAAACUUCUUCCUAUGGGAACUCUUUAUAAAGUAAAAGUGUAUGAAACUGACAAUAAUGUGGUAGUCUAUAAAGGAGAAUAGCUCUUAAAGAUUAAUGUUGUAGAAAGACUACUUUCUUUCUGUAUUUGGAAAAGGUCUUUAUCCCCUGGAAUGUUAAGGAAUCACCAUGUAAUUGUUGUACCUCCACAUUGUGUUCUGGAAUGCCUGAUUUAUUGAAAUCAUUGUAAGACCUGUUAUACAUUUAAAUCUAUUUUUAUCAUUUAGAGAGUCUUAUUUAUAGAUUAAAAGUCACUUUAUUUUCCGCAAAA